AUGAUUAUGGGAGUUAUAGAAGUCUGCAGCUAUUCGGUUCGAGCCAUCAAGGAAUACAGUAGACAGGCCGCCAAUGCGCCUAAGUUCCCACACGAUCCGCCAAAGAGAAUACCUUUGAUAUUUACCGAAGCCAACACAAUCGGGUUGCAUAAACCACAUAACGACGCCCUCGUCGUCGAACUACUUCUCGACGACGUUGAAGUAAGUCGCAUUCUGAUCGAUACGGGCAGUUCGGUCAACAUUAUUUUCAAGGACGCACCUGACCAGCUCGACAUACCAUCAGACAAGAUUGAGCCCUUCAUCGAGCCACUAACAGGGUUCGACGGCGAACGCUGCAUGACGGUCGGCACAGUCAAAAUCCCGAUCUACCUCGCCGGAGUUGCGAAGAUCAUUCAGUUCCUUAUUCUUGACAAACCAGCGAUCUACAACGCUAUUCUCGGCACACCGUGGUUACAUGCGAUGAAGACAGUGGCUUCAACGUACCAUCAAUGCCUGAAAUUCCCAACUCUUGACGGUGUUUACACUCUCCGAGGAAACCAAGCCGUCGCCCGAUCAUGUUACAUACACGAAUGCAAGCUUCGUUCGGCCAACCAAGCCUGCGUUAUCAGUUCGCAAGUAGAGGAUAUGCCCGGGAUCGAUCUACCAAUCGCUUGCCACGAGCUCAAUAUUGAUCCGACAUACAAACCGAUCAAGCAGAAACGCCGAAAACUCAAACCAGAGAAGGCACAAGCUGUCAACUAUGAGGUUGAGCGGUUACUCAAGGCAGGAUCCAUCACUGAGGUCAAGUACCCUGAUUGGCUAGCAAAUCUCGUGGUCGUAAAAAAGAAGAACGGCAAAUGGAAGAUUUGCGUCGACUUCACCGACCUCAAUAAAGCAUGUCCGAAAGACAGCUUUCCCUUGCCUCAUAUCGACCGCCUCGUGGAAGCAACUGCCGGAAACAAACUACUCUCUUUUAUGGACGCAUUCUCCGCGUACAACCAGAUUCUUAUGCAUCAUUUAUCACGGACUGUGGCAUAUAAUGCUACAAAGUUAUGCCCUUUGGUUUGA